GAGGGUUAAAGAUCGAGCAACGAGAGUAAAUAACAGCCUACUAAGUCAUGUGACCAGGAACGUUCCUUGCAGAGAAACUGCUGUACUCGGCUGGAAGGCUGAAAAACUUUAAAUAGCAGAGAAGCCUCUUUGGAGCUGAGAGUUGUUCACUUGGAGCAGGCAGGGAGUCGAGAUGAAUUUCCUUCCAAGUUUAUCCCUAGAAACCUGGCUUUUACUCAUUGCCUUCGUGAGCCUCUUGAUGCUUUAUGGGAUCUGGCCAUACCGAUUCUUUAAGAAGCUGGGUAUUCCUGGGCCAAGGCCUCUGCCUUUCAUCGGAACGUUCCACGAAUACCGGAAUGGAAUUCUGGAUUUCGACAAGAAGUGUUUCCAGAAAUAUGGUAAAAUUUGGGGAUUGUUUGAUGGCAGGCAGCCAGUCCUGGCUAUUCUGGACCCUGUAAUCAUCAAAACCAUCCUGGUGAAAGAGUGCUAUACCGUCUUUACCAAUCGUCGGGUCUUUGGUCUAAGUGGAGAUUUGGAGUCUGCCCUUACAAUAGCCACAGAUGAGCAGUGGAAGAGGAUUCGCACUGUGCUCUCUCCGACGUUCACCAGCGGGAAGCUAAAGGAGAUGUUUCCUAUCAUGAAUCGCUAUGGAGAGAUUUUAGUGAAAAACAUCCAGAAGAAAGUGGAUAACGACGAGUCCCUGGAAAUGAAGAGCAUCUUCGGCACCUACAGCUUGGAUGUGGUGGCCAGCACUUCAUUUAGUGUGAACAUAGACUCCAUGAACAACCCCAACGACCCCCUUGUCGCCUACAUCAAGAAGUAUCUCUCAUUCAAUUUCUUUAACCCACUGCUCCUCUCAGUAGUGAUGUUCCCCUUCCUCACUCCAGUGCUGGAAAAGAUGAACGUGAGUCUGUUUCCCUCGGGCUUCCUGGACUUUUUCCUCAACAUCAUCCAGCGCAUCAAGAAGGAGCGGCAGAAGAAUGACCACUCGGUCCGGGUGGAUUUCCUGCAGUUGAUGGUUGACUCACAGAGCUCAGAUGGCAGCUCUGAACCUAAUGAGAAGACACACUCCUAUAAAGCUCUGUCUGACAAGGAGAUUAUGGCGCAGGCCCUUGUCUUUAUCUUAGCUGGUUAUGAGACCACCAGCUCCACCCUCAACUUCCUCUCAUAUAACCUGGCCACUCACCCUGAUGUGCAGCAGAGACUGCAGGAGGAGAUUGAUGCCGCUCUUCCCAACAAGGCUGCUCCCACCUACGACGCCAUCCUGCAGAUGGAGUAUCUCGACAUGGUGGUGAAUGAAACCCUCAGGCUCUUCCCCGCAGGUGGGCGGAUUGAAAGAGUCUGCAAGAAAAGCAUUGAGAUAAAUGGAGUGGUCAUUCCGAAAGGCACCCUGGCAAUGAUCCCAGCCUACGUGCUGCAUCAGGACCCGGAACACUGGCCAGAGCCGGAAGAGUUCAGGCCAGAGAGGUUCAGUAAAGAGAACAGAGAGAGCAUUGACCCCUACAUUUUCCUGCCCUUUGGAGCUGGUCCCAGGAACUGCAUUGGAAUGAGGUUUGCUCUUCUCAGCCUGAAAUUGGCCAUGAUUGUGCUGUUGCAAAGAUUUUCCUUCAGAACCUGCAAAGACACCUCGAUCCCUCUGGUGCUGGACACGAAGGGUUUCUUGCAACCCAAGAAGCCAAUCAUUCUGAAGAUGGUCCCCAGAACCCAUGUCGAUCAAGAGGAGUAAAAGAAUUUUGCAGCAGA